AUGUAAAAGAAUCCAAAGCCUGAAUUUCUUCAGAUCCCCUCUUAAACAAAGAGUGUGAAUAAGAUAAACAUGAUAGAAGUGAAAAAUGAAGGAAUGAUAGUAUCAAGAUUAAUAUCCUAAGCAUGAUGUCUGCUAUGAUUUUUUUGGAACAAAGAUUGCAUUAGGAUCAUCAGAUGGACACAUAGAGAUUUAAGAAAUCAAUGUCAAUUCGUUUAAAUCAGAGUAACAGAAAGACAUAUUGUCAUAUAAAAUUCCUGACUUGUAAAUCAUGCAAUAUUGAGAUAGCUAACACAAGGGACCAGUUUGGUAAUUGAGUUGGUCUAAUCCAAAAUAUGGAAAUAUUUUAGCCUCUUGCUCUUUCGAUAAAACCAUUUGUCUCUUCAAGGAAUAAAAGUUUGGCAAAUAUUCUUUAUUGCUGCAAUUGUCAGAACACAAGGAAUCAGUUCAAUCUAUCUAAUGGUCUUAUAGAAAAUUGAUAUUGGCAGCGGGAGUAGCAGAUGGGAGUGUACAUAUUUAUUACAGAAAGAAGAAUGGAUAAAUUAAAAAUUAAUAGGAUUGGGAACACAAAUCUGUAAGUAUCGAUUUAACUUUUAGGAAAGUCAGCAUAAAUCUUGUGUAAAUCAAGUGAGUUGGGUUAGGGAUAAGGAAUUGGAUUUUGCAACUUGCAGUACUGAUAAGACAAUAAGUGUAUGGAAGGUAACAACUCCAAUCGAUGGAGAAUAUAAGUUGUUUUAGAUCUAGCUUAUCGAAUGUGACAGUUGGGUUAGAUCUAUUGAUUGGGCAGCUGAGUAAUUUGACUAAAAUUAAAUAUUGGCUGCAGGAAUGGAGGUAUAAAUGAAAUUUAUAAGUCAUCUUAAGUUGAGAUCUUCUAUUUGAAAUGGGAUCAAAACAAUGACAAAUAAGUAAAAAUCAGCAAAGCAAUUUCAUUGCAAACUAAAGGACCUUGUUGGAAAGUAUAAUGGUCUCCAUUGGGGAACCAAUUGGCGAUUUCAACAUUGGAUGAUAAGAAUGACCCUUUUGUUUAAGUGUAUAGAUAAUCGCAAAAUGGUGAGUUUGCAGAAAUCUGA